CGCCGUCGGGAGCAUCCCAGUCACCGCCUACAUUGCCCGGCAGCCCCGCGGCCCGCGGGAAGUGGCGUCCCGCCGCAUCCGGGAGCGCGGAUCCGCCGGAGCGUGUUCCGUGCCUGGUGCGGAGGUUGCGGUGCGGCCAUGGCGGACUCCACGCAGAACGGGCCCAUGCCAGGCGGGGCCGGCGGCGGGGCCGUGUUUCUGAUGGCUAACAAACUGGAUACAGCAAUGUGGAUUUCCCGCUUGUUCACAGUUUACUGCUCAGCUUUAUUUGUCCUGCCUCUUCUAGGAUUGCAUGAAGCAGCAAGCUUUUAUCAGCGUGCCUUGCUGGCAAAUGCUCUCACCAGUGCCCUCCGACUGCACCAAAGGCUACCCCACUUCCAGCUGAGCAGGGCAUUUCUGGCCCAGGCUUUGCUGGAGGACAGCUGCCAUUACCUGUUGUACUCCCUUAUUUUUGUGAAUUCCUACCCUGUUACAAUGAGUAUUUUUCCAGUUCUGCUGUUCUCUUUGCUUCAUGCUGCCACAUACACAAAGAAGGUUCUUGAUGCACGAAGUUCAAAUAGUUUGCCCUUUUUGAGAAAUCUCUUAGAGAAACUUAAUGCUAAUCAACAGAAUAUUCUAAAAUUCAUUGCUUGCAAUGAAAUUUUCCUGAUGCCAGCUACAGUUUUUAUGCUCUUCAGUGGACAAGGGAGUCUGCUCCAGCCAUUCAUUUACUAUAGGUUUCUUACACUGCGCUACUCUUCUCGGCGAAAUCCGUACUGUCGGACUCUCUUCACCGAGCUCAGGAUUGUUGUUGAACACUUAAUAAUGAAGCCCUCAUGCCCUGUUUUUGUUAGAAGACUAUGCCUCAGCGGCAUUUCCUUUAUAAGCAGAUUGGCACCAACUGUUGCAUAGCCAAAUUCAGGCACUCGCGUUUUGUGAACAUUGUGAGCAGCUGGCACUUCUGCUGAUGAUUGGAAAUUCCUGGUUUUACACUGAUCUCACUCCAGGCUGUGUAAAAAUACAUAUAUGCUUUUCUUGGAGAUAAUAUGAAAUUUAGCAUAUCCAAAACAAAUAAUAGAAACUUAAAUUAACUGUACUGUAUUGUUAAUUGAUGAAAAAAUUAGCUGUAUCCUACCAAAACCAUGCCCUAUCAUACAAGUUUGUUGUUUUGUUUUGUUUUUUAAAUCAAGGAUUGUUUGAGAUUGAUUGAAACUUCUUAUAAAGAGAUCUGUGCUCACUAGGUUUAUGUUAGUUGGAACUAUAGCUACUUUAGGAUGUCUCCAGUGGAUAGCAGUUGAUACACAUACCUAUGCAGUACACUUUGGACAGUAUUCUUCUGCUUAUCAAAUGUAUCUGUAAAACUGUUUUUUCCAAUAUACUAUAUUCAGUGUAGAAAUACAGCCCACUUUGAAGUUAAGAAAAGGCAUUAAAAUCUAUCAAGCUGACAGAGAUAACACUCCUUUCUGAUGGAGAGGCUAUUUUUAUUAAUAAUACUUAAGAAGAACUCUUCCAUGUUUCUACCUUGUGACAUAAUCUUACAUUAUGCUGUUGGAAGAAAUAUCAAGACUGAGCAGAGAAAACUCUGUGCAGCUUUCUUGUCAUAACAAGUUGUUUUACCAAGCCAAACUGCUGACCUGUAGGAUUUUCAGACUAAGAUGCAAUGUUUAAACUUUUAACCAUGUCUCAAAUGAACUAAUCAGUGUUACUGAAGUAACUUUUGCAGAGUCAUUGCAGAUUUGUUCUUGUGUCCACACAAGUUUGAGACUGCAGUAAUUCAAGCAUGUUAGCUUUUUAGAAAACUGAUCUCUAGGUAGCUCUCUAUAAAUUGUUAUUCCAGUUUCUGAGACCCUCAUUGUGAUGAGAAAUUUGCAUAAAGAAUUGCACCUGUUUAGGGAGCUUCUGAAACAAAUGGGUGUUGGAUUUCUUGGCAUAAAUCCAGCUAAUGACUGGUCUGAAGCCAGUGUCAUGACUAGAGAAGUGAAUAUUAAAUUAAGUGCAUAAAUUAAUUACACUGAUUAUGCAUUCACCCAGCAGCUGAAGGGUAGGACAUGGUAAAAUGAUACUAUCUGUCUGAACACAAUUUAUUUCAGAAAUUCAAGGCAAAAUAUUUGCCAAAUUUUCUGUAGUUAGUGUUAGUAUUCUAAUUGGAUGAAGUUAAAGGGCUUUCAUUGGCCUUUUGUAAACUUCUGUAGCCCUGAACUUAACUAUUCUUCCAUAGUCAGAGAAACCUUAUGAGAAAAUCUUUCAAAAAUAGUCUUGGAGCAAAGUAUUUUCCUGUAACUGUUGAGUUAUCUUUGUGUGAUAUGGAUAUCAUUCUGACUUUCCAGUUGUAUUAGUUUUUAGAUCAGAGCCAUGUACUUAUAAACUUAUUUCAUUUUUUUGCUAAACCUCCUGGUACUGAUGAACCAGUUGGGAAUUGAAUAUGAUAUUCUUUGACUACUUGUCUUGCUCUCUGAAUGUGAUUAGCUAUUUAUAGAAUACUCACACUCUGCAGAAGCAACUGCAUGCGAUUAAUGCUCUACAGCUGCUAAAGACUUGCAAUGAGAUUAUGUGUAUAUCCUGUAAUUUGAGGAUUUUAUAAAAACUAAAAUUUCUACUGCAAUAAAAGGAGUGUUAAAUGUAA